AUGAAUUGGUUUAGAAAAAAAGAACCGGAAGAAAAGAAAGUGAAAUCAGAGUAUGACGAUUAUGUAACACCGCCACCCUUUGGAAGUUACUUAGCGUCUGCUCCUGAAAAACCGAAAUCUAUAAAAAAUGAUAAGCAGAAUAUAACCGAAUUCAAGGGUUUCACUCCUCCUCCUAAAUUUGAAUUUAAGGAAGAUACUACAGGAAGUAGAUAUGAUGAAGAUUUUUCAAAAUAUACAAAAAGUAAUUUUAUCGAUUCUUCCCUUUAUGAUGAUAAACCGAAUUUAUUGGAUUUUAAUUUAAGUCAUAGAACAAGAGCAUGUUUGGAGAGUGUAAAAAUGGGGGUCAAAAUGGGCACAAUGGUUGGUGGUAUCUUUGGUAGCUUAACAGGUUUAUACGCUUCUUUUGCUCAUAAAAACCUUUUCAUUUUUCCAGUUUCAGUGAUUGGUGGAGCUGUAAGCUUUGGUUUCUUUCUAGGGUGCGGGAUGCUCGUUCGUUGUUAA